AUGGCAGAUCUCCUUGAACUGGGAAAGAAACUCGUAAAAGAUGGGCCUCACAAAAUUGAAAGUACACCUCGUCGAGUUCGUGGCUUGUUAGGCGGCAUAUACGUCUUUGACACAACGAGGGCAAGUUAUGUAUGGGAACAUAAGUAUUAUCCAUACUUCUACAUCCCCGCCUCAGACUUCGCUCAUAAAGUCCUCGAGAAAACGCAUGACUCUAACAGCAAAGAGGCAUGUUGGCUUGCCAAACUCAAAGUUCCACAGAAAACAACAGACCGACUUCUUGGAUUCUCAAGUCGUACAAAUCCUCUGGACGGACUCAUCCGCAUCGAAGUUUCCGCACUAGACAAAUGGUUUGUAGAAGACGAGCAAAUCCUCGGCCCACACCCCAAGGAUCCAUAUAAAAGAAUCGAAUGUCUUCCCUCGAGUCGAGAAGUGAGAGUGGAAAUCGACGAUGCUAUCGUGGCUAUAAGCUCACAAAACAUAUUUCUUUACGAAACAAUGUUACGACCACGCUAUUACCUCGGCGAAACGCAUGUAAACUGGGAAUUUCUGCGUGAAAGCGAUACUACUUCAUUUUGUCCUUACAAAGGAAUGGCCAAUUAUUACGACGUCGUAGUCGGAGACAAAGUGAUCAAAGACGCGGUAUGGUAUUACAAGUACCCCACAGCGGAAUCUGCAUUGGUUGCGGGAAGAUUGUGCUUUUAUAAUGAGAAAUUCGACGUUUUCUUGGAUGGAGUGAAGGAGUCGUAG